CUCCCAAUUUCUGUGCUUUGUUUUCCGUGUCUCUCUCUGAACAUGGCUGCUCACUCUACUGAAGAGCCGUAUCCCUUCCACGGGCUGCUCCCUAAGAAAGAAACCGGUGCCACUUCUUACCUCUCGAGGUUUCCAGAAUAUGAUGGCCGAGGCGUGCUCAUCGCUAUCCUCGAUACCGGCGUGGACCCCGGGGCUCCGGGCUUGCAGGCCACAACUGAAGGGAAGCCAAAGAUCAUCGAUAUUAUCGAUACAACAGGCAGCGGUGAUGUGAACAUGACCACAGUGGUGGAACUUAAAGAUGGGACAAUCACAGGCCUGUCUGGUAGAAUACUUAAGAUCCCUACUGCCUGGGUCAAUCCAUCAGGGAAAUAUCACAUUGGAGUUAAAAAUGGCUAUGAGUUCUUUCCCAAGGCUCUUAAGGAAAGAAUACAGAAAGAGAGAAAGGAGAAGAUAUGGGACCCGUCACAUAGAGCAGCAGUCGCUGAGGUUUCUCGCAAGACAGAAGAGUUUGACCUCUCUCACCCUACACCCUCACAGAUGGAGAAGUUGCAGAAAGAAGAGCUGCAGAGUCAGACAGAGCUGUUGGCAGCACUAGAAAAGAAGUACACUGAUCCUGGUCCUGUUUAUGACUGUGUGCUUUGGCAUGACGGUGUCACAUGGAGGGCCGUAGUGGACACAUCUGAAUGUGGAGAACUGUCUCAGUGCAGUGUACUGUGUUCUUACAAAGAGACACAACAGUAUGCCACUUUAGGAAAUGCAGAGAUGCUUAAUUACUCUGUUAAUAUAUAUGAUGAGGGAAACACACUCUGCAUUGUCACCAGUGGAGGGGCCCAUGGGACACACGUAGCAAGCAUAGCAGCAGGUUACUUCCCAGAGGAACCAGAGCGCAAUGGAGUUGCCCCCGGUGGUCAAAUCCUGGCCCUGAAGAUUGGAGACACUCGUCUUAGCACCAUGGAAACAGGCACAGGACUUAUCCGUGCGAUGAUUGAAGUUAUCAACUACAAGUGUGACCUGGUUAACUAUAGCUAUGGGGAAGCCACCCACUGGCCCAAUUCAGGGAGGAUUUGUGAUGUGAUCACAGAGGCUGUGCAGAAGCACAACGUCAUAUUUGUUUCAAGUGCAGGAAACAAUGGCCCCUGCCUCUCUACAGUUGGCUGUCCAGGGGGAACCACUACUAGUGUCAUAGGAGUUGGAGCGUAUGUGACUCCAGACAUGAUGGUGGCAGAGUAUUCCCUGAGGGAGAAGCUGCCUCCCAAUCAAUACACCUGGUCAUCCAGGGGCCCCACUACAGAUGGGGCCCUGGGGGUCAGCAUCAGUGCCCCUGGUGGUGCAAUUGCAUCUGUGCCCAACUGGACUCUCCGUGGUACUCAGCUUAUGAAUGGUACAUCCAUGUCAUCUCCCAAUGCCUGUGGAGGCAUUGCACUAAUCCUCUCAGGACUGAAGCAGAAUGGAAUCCGUCCCUCUGUUCCUGCUCUCAGGAGAGCGCUGGAAAACACAGCUUUGAAGGUUGAGGACAUUGAACUAUUUGCACAGGGCAAUGGAAUAAUCCAGGUGGACAAGGCGUUAGACUACCUCACUCAACACAACUCUUCACCCACAAAUAACCUUGGCUUCUCCAUAAGCAUUGGAACGCAGAGAGGCAUUUACCUCAGAGAUCCAGCCCAGCUUCUUGCACCUUCAGACCAUGGAGUAGGAAUUGAACCCGUGUUCCCAGAGAACACAGAAAACUCGGAGCGAAUCUCCUUGCAGCUACACUUGGCGCUCACAUGUACUGCCCCAUGGGUCCAGUGUCCCUCUCACCUAGAGCUGAUGAAUCAGUGUCGCCAUGUCAAUGUCCGCAUCGAUCCCGUUGGACUGAGAGAGGGAGUGCACUACACAGAGGUGUGUGGGUACGAUACAGCAACACCAACUUAUGGCCCACUGUUCAGAGUCCCAAUAACAGUUAUAAUCCCAACCAAAGUGACAGAUGCUCGUAAUCAGGAGGUGUGUUUCUCAGACAUGCACUUCAGACCAGGCCAGAUCAGACGCCACUUUAUCACUGUUCCUCAGGGAGCCUCCUGGGCAGAGAUCACAGUGACAUCUCAAUCGGGAGAAGUGUCAUCAAAGUUUGUUUUGCAUGCGGUGCACCUGGUCAAACAGAAGGCGUACAGAGCUAAUGAAUUCUACAAAUUCUCUUCACUGUUGGAGCGAGGGUCUCUGACUGAGGCUUUUCCUGUCCUGUCUGGAAAAAUAGUAGAGUUGUGCAUUGCACGCUGGUGGGCGAGUCUGGGUGACGUCAUAGUGGACUACAGUAUCUCAUUCCAUGGACUUCACACUAAUCCGUCACCCCUGCACAUACAUGCCUCAGAGGGAGUAACGAGUUUUGAUGUGUCGUCACCUCUGAGGUACGAGGAGGUGUCACCAACUAUUACCCUUAAGUCCUGGGUUCAGCCUCUCAGACCUUUAAGUUCGAAGAUAAAAGCAUUGGGUGUGAGAGAUGUUCUCCCCAGCAACAGACAACUCUAUGAGAUUGUCCUCAGCUACAGCUUUCACCAGCCUAAGACUGGUGAAGUUACACCCAGCUGUCCCAUGCUGUGUGAGCUGCUUUAUGAGUCCGAGUUUGACAGUCAGCUCUGGAUGCUGUUCGAUCAGAACAAGAGACUCCUAGGCUCAGGAGAUGCCUACCCACAUCAGUAUUCCCUUAAGCUGGAAAAGGGGGACUACACUGUGCGUUUACAGGUUCGCCAUGAGCAGUCCAGUGAGCUUGAGCGCCUUAAGGACCUGCCAUUUGUGGUUUCACACCGUCUGUCUACUACUCUUAGUCUAGACGUCUAUGAGACGCAUCGAGCUGCUCUCAUGGCCAAGAAGAAGGCUAACUCUGUCACUCUGUCUCCGGGUGCCACUCAGCCAUUCUAUGUCACAGCCCUGCCAGACGACAAGAUCCCCAAAGGCACAAGUCCAGGUUGUUAUCUGUCAGGCUCUCUUCUUGUCCCCAAAAGCGAGUAUGGCAAGAAAGCAGGGCAGGCCUCUGCAAAACGACAAGGGAAGUUUAAAAAGGAUAUUGUACCAGUGUUCUACCAUUUAAUCCCUGCUCCUAAUAAAACUAAGAAUGGAGGGAAGGAGAAGGACAAGGAAGGAGACAAAGAGAAAGAUCCAAAAGAGGAGUUUGCAGAGGCCAUGCGAGACUUGAAGAUUCAGUGGAUGACAAAGUUGGAUUCAAGCUCCAUCUAUGCAGAACUGAUAGAAAAGUACUCGGAUUACCUUCCUCUGCAUGUGCAAAGACUGCACCAACUUGACUCAGAGAAGGAGCGUGUCAAACAUCUCAACGAAGUAGUUUCGGCAGCUGACAUUGUCAUCGACCACAUCGACCAGACGGCAUUGGCUGUUUAUCUCACUAUGAAGAUGGACCCCCGGCCUGAUGCUGCUGCUAUAAAGAUUGACAUGGAGAAGCAGAAGUCAUCUCUUCUGGACGCUCUGUGUAGGAAGGGCUGCGCUCUGGCCGACCAGCUGCUGCCACCCCUCACACCAGAGAAGGGCGCUGGUGCACUGGACCCUGAACAGGCAGCAUUAGCAGCAGCAGUAGCAGCAGCAGCAGCAGCAGCAGAAGCAGCAGCAGAGGCAGAGCAGGAUGGGGUACAGGUGGCCAGCAGCUCUGAUGAUACCUCGCAUAAUGUCGCUAAAGCCCUGACAGAUACCUUUUGGGAGGUACAGAAGUGGGCAGAGCUAACAGACUCCAAGAUCCUGAUGUUUUCAUAUAAACACGCUCUUGUGAACAAGAUGUACGGCCGAGCCUUAAAAUAUGCCUCAAAGAUGGCGGAGGAGAAGCCCAGCAAAGAGAACAUGAAGAACUGUUUCCAGCUAAUGCGACAUCUCCGAUGGACACAUUGUGCUACCUUCUGUGAGAACUCACUCCCUGUCAUGUACCCAACUGACUACACUCUUUUCUAAAUGCACACAUAAAUGAACAGCAUGGCCACACAUGGCCCAUUACAUGGGAAGUUCAGUAUCAGGUCCCUCAGGGUCACAUGGUUUAUUCAUUCAAAUUCAGAUGUAUGCCAACACCAAAAUCAAGAACACUUAAGAAUGGUUUGAGGUACUUGACACUUCCUCAGCUGUUUGUUUGAAUAUUGCCAACUGAAAUGCUCUUGGUGAGUUUUGUAGCUCAGUGGGAUUCUAGUUUUUAUUUUGGUGUUGUCUACACAUUUGGAAGCUUUCACUUUACUCACUGCCCUCUGCUGUCUGGGCUCCAUGUCAUACCAGUAACUUAAUUUUAUCUUGUAAAUACUGUAAAAGGGGGCACACGGUUGUAGUGGUUAGUGCUCUUGCCUUUGCAGCAAGAAGACCUAGGGUUCGAGCCCCGGUUGGAACAAGGUCCUUUCUACAUUUCUACAUGGAGUUUACAUGUUCUCCCCGUGUGUGCUUGGGUUUUCUCCGGGUUCUCCGGCUUCCUCCCACAGUCCAAAAACAUGCAAUAUGGGAAUUAGGUAAAUUGGACACUCUAAAUUGACCGUAGGUGUGAAUGUGAGAGUGAAUGGUUGUUUGUCUCUGUGUGGCCCUGCGAUGGACUGGCGACCUGUCCAGGGCCUAUCGCCCUAUGUCAGCUGAGAUUGGCACAGCACCCUCCGCGACCCUCCGGUGGAGGAUAAAGCGGUAGAUGAUGGAUGAAUGGAUGGAUGGAAAUACUGUGAAAGGGCCUAUGUGGACUCCACGGGACAUAUCCCAAAUCUCUCUUUCUAAAAAUAAAUUGUGAUCAUAUAAACACAAGCAAACAACGUAAUUAUACUUCAGUGGGAAGAUGCAAGGACUCACUGCUGCGCAUGUUUGGACAUACAAGAGCACACACAGUCUGUCUGGUCCCAGAAUCAAGAAGCAGAACUUAUUAUUAUUUAUUUCAGGCUGGCUGGGAUCAUACGGUAUUGUUUGGUCUUGUCUGUUCUUGUCACAAACACAGUCUCAGAACGCACAGCAGUGCUAAGGUGCCUUUUUACAUGUACCUUUACUGAUGGGCUGAAAGAUGUGCAAGAGGUUUAAUAAAACAAAGUUGCGGACUCACCAGUGUCCAUCAGCAUUUUAGCCACUUGCAGUCAUUUCACCCAUCAGUCUUUGUUGUCAAAAGUGAUGCUGUUGCUCAUAUCAGCAGUGUGACGUGUCCAUGCACUGAAUCAGGAAGUCGCACUGCUUCUACUAUAGUUCAGGCCUUUUUAACUGAGAUUGUAUGAGGUACUGACAUACUAUAAUUAGCUGAUGGAGCUGCCCCCGUGCCAAAAACCUGCUUGAGAGACUGAAGCACACUAGCAGUGAAGACGUGGAUGCCAAGAUGGCAAUCAUUUGUGUGUCCGUCUGAUGCAGUCCUUUGUUUGUUUACAAAAACUUAAUAAGAUAUUUGUGCAGUUGCAUUCAUCCCUCAGCUAUAAACAGCCAUUUCAAAAAAGACAAUCAUAAUGAGUAUCAUAUUGGCUCCUCCCAACCACACGUUAAAAGAUGAUUUUCCUAAUGGACUGCGGGAGAGUGAGCAGUUGAUAAACUCCAGGCUGUCGAGAUAAAAUUUUAAAUAUAUUCUUAAGGUGGACACACGGUGGAGUUGUGGCUAGCAGUGUUGCCUCACAGCAACAAGGUCCGGUUUCAGAACUUGAUUCGACUGAGGGCCUUUCUAUAUGGAGUUGUACUUGCUUCUUGGUAUAGAGGGUGGUCGCAGUGUCCGGACUGUGUCAGUGCUUCAUACAACUACUCCAAAAAAAAAAAAAAACCUUGAACUAUACCAGAGUUGGUCACCCAGAUCACACUGCUGUUAUCUGAACGCCACGUUUGACAACCAUCAAACAGACCUCAAACACAACCGAUGCAAGUGCAAGCAGUGGCAGGAUAAUGAGAUCAGGCUUCAUUGUACAAAUGAUCACAUAGUCGUAGAUAUUUUUAUGUUGCACUUGUACCCUGUCAAAAUGAUGUACAGACGAGCAUAACAAACAUUUAAAUGCAAUAGGUAUAUAAUACAAAUGUUAUUAGAAUUGAUGUAUUUUUACAUAUAUGCAUGUCUCUGAAGAUGUAAGCAAAACUAGUUUUAUUGGGAAGCAGAUUUUAGUUUCUUUAAAUCUAAAUGGUUAGGGUUAGGGUCUUCAUGUGGCCCUGUGAUGGACUGGCGACCUGUCCAGGGUGUAACCCGCCUAUCGCCCUAUGUCAGCUGUGAUUGGCACAGCACCAACUGCGAUCCUCAUGCGGCAGAAGAUGGAUGGAUGGUUUUUAAUUUAAAAGAUUUUGACAAUAAUCUCUUUUCUUAAGUGUAUUGGUGAAUGUUAUUUCAAGUUUUGCAAUCAUCUUACAGUUGGUGACAGUGUUCAACAAGAAAACACGACAUUAUCAUCAUAUCGCAUCAGAGAUAACAGGUGGUGUUCUGACAGGGAAGUUUUUCGUUCUUUGUUUUUUGUGGCAGCACCGUCACGGUUUUUGUGCUUUAAUCAGAAUAGUCGUAUUUUAUUCAAAUCAACAGUUGGAGGCUUCUUUGAUUAACUUUAAUAUUGCAGUUUUCAAUCAGAGAAACUGCAAGCCCAAACAUAUACUUGUGAAUGUUUUAAUGUGGAAAAUUGUGUUUAUUGUCAUGAAUUAUACAUUGAGUGUGAAAGGUGAUGCCGCAGAAUCAGUCUUCCCUGUCACACCAGUAAGGUUUCCUUUAGGACAACUGUCAAUGAUGGUUUUCAAUGUCAUAUGGAAAUGAAUGGAUAGAAAGUAAUGAAAGCUGAAAAUAAGCAUUUUUACCAGAAAAUAUAAAGACAACAGUUAAACAGAAGAAGGAGGCCUACAUGUCCAGCUACAAUGGCUUCACUAAAUCUUCUCAUCAGUGGAAGAUAAAUGUAAAAGCAGGUGUAUUGUUUGUCCUCAUGUUAAUGAAAUCCUAUUUUUAUGGGAUGGCCUGUUCAUGUGUUCGGAUCUGAUUGAGACAAACUAAAUGUUAAGGGCUUUGCAGUUGACAGUAUGUGUUGCCAAUGUUAUCUCCAAGAACAGCCUUAACCUUUCACCUCUGGACUACACCGUCUACUUCUGUCACCACACCUCUCAUAUUUCAUAUCUAUUGCUCUUAUGCUGUUGGUGUCAUGAAACACUUCAGAACUGCUUCUUCUGGAUGUUGAUUGUUUAUAUUUAUAGUUAUCAAUCCUAGUAAUUGCAAAUAUUUUACAGAAUGUUAAAGAGAUAUGAGGUUGUGUAUGCUGACAGUAUUAUUUUAUACCCAUUCUUACCUUGUUUGUGUCAGAUAGACCUUGGCUUCUGUUUUAUGGUCACAAGCAAGGAAAUCACUGAAUAAAAAUGAUUUGGAAAAUUUGAA